UCCUGGCGGUCGGAAGUAUUCUCAAAAUCCUGCCAAACGGAAUAUUACAAUUGAAUUAAGAAAAAAAUAAAAAUCGAAAGUGACAAAAGGCAGUUUCAAAAUAACAUAGCACAAAUGUUACGUGAAAUUUGCAUUUUCAAAGCCCGCGAACCCGACUAAAAUAUUCAAAAAUAAAAAAGUGAAAAAGCGUUAAUCGGAAAUCGAAGGUUUGCAUUAAAACCAAAAUGAAAAGGAAAAUGAUGUCCAAGUGAAAGAAAAAAAUUUCGAGUUCAGUGAAAAUUUCUAUCGAAAGGAUAUACACAUCAUAUCCUUUAGCCUCUUUUUUGUCCUCCUUUCUCUCCUUCUCCAUACCCAGUAUUUCUGCUGCGUGUACUCUAAUCGAAAAAUCGAUUAUUCAUUUCACUUGAAAGCUCAUUCCACAAUUUAUUACUUCUCCCAACAUAUUUACUCUUGUUUUUAAACUUAUUUUUCCUUCUUUCGUCUGUAAGCCUGUGGCCUGUGGCCUGUGCUAUGCCAACAAAAAGUGUGCCAUCAAAUUCACUUUUCCCUUCUGUUUCCGUUCGUGUAUCUUAACCUAAUCUUGAAAACCAUAUUCUUUUGUUUUUUUUAGUAAACGGUGGUGAUUAAAUAAAUCAACAUUUUGGAUAACUACUAUUUGUUUAAAUAAUAAUAAUAAUAAUUAGAAAAAAUAAAAUAGGAAACCAACAAAAGGAACGGUGUGUUUUUGGUCCUUGAACAGAAAAUGAUAUUGAUUGCUGGCGUGGAUAACUAUAUAAAUGGAUCUGUUGAAGCAACAACUCUUGUUGGAGCACUUUUUGGACUUGUAGCAUUAAUGUUAGUGUUUUUCUUAUUUAUAAAUCGCAAAUGGUGUUUCCAUGCAUCAACUCACUCAUUUCCUUGCUGUGACGAUAACGGUAUUUCAUCAAAAUACGUUCAAAAAAUUUCACGUAAACGACGCUAUGAAAACACAAGUUCAGAUUCUGAAGAAGAAAUUCUACGCCGAUUACGACUGCAGCAAUCACGCAGUAUCCCUAAUGGCCAAUAUACUGGAUAUGGCAUCAACCAUAUAAAUCCACUUGCACAGAAUUAUAAUUUUAGUGAUUUGCAACACAUAACAGUAACACCUCGAGAUUCAUCUAAGGAUCCACUUGCUAUUGCUGAACGGGGUAAAGUAGGAAUCCCCUCAUCGCACAGUGAAUGUAGUUCGAAUGAUUCAAUUGAGGCGUCAAUAGACAGUAAUACGGGUAUUUUGACAGGCGAAAAGAAAGAACGUUCACAAUUACCACUGAAAAUAGCAGAAGGAAGUGUAUCAUCUAUCAAAGAGACUCGAAUAGACAAUCGCUCAAUAAUAGACAGACGUGCCAAUGCAAAUUCAACACGCUACAAUAAAAUAUCUCCGACACAGCGCCAGGGAAGUUUAGACGAUGUUCCCGAUUUAAAUUGUAACAACAAUGAUGACUGUAUUGUUGUUUUAUCACAAGAACCACUUUUUGACACAAGUGAUCUAAGAUCAAUCAAAUCCGAAGAUCUUGCAUUACAGAACCAAUGCUUUGGAAAAAGCGGUAGCAUCGAAAUAUCUCUGCUUUAUGACGCACCAAUGCGAAAGAUGACAGUUCAUGUACUGCAAGCUCGAGGAAUUCCAUCCCGAGAAAAUGGACAACAAACCCAUACUCAGAUCCGACUUCUUAUGCUUCCAAACAAGAAGCAAAAACAUAAGACUAAAAUUCGAUCCGGCGAAAGCCCACAAUUUAUGGAAAGCUUUCUGUUGCAUCGUGUGAAUCCAGAGGAGGUGAAUUCAAUGGGACUGCGCAUCCGUUUGUACGGCUGUGAACGGAUGCGGAAAGAACGCCUAAUAGGUGAAGCAGUCGUGAGCUUUGCUGCAAUUGAUCUCGAAUUGGAGACCAACUUGUGGCUUCCCCUCGAACCGAGGAAUACAUCAUCGAUUGUUGGAUCAUCCAGUGAUCUUUUAAGUUUAGCAAGAUCCGAUAGUGCCGGCUCAACCACUUCAAUGCAACAUGGAGGUGUACCAGAGCUACUUUUAGGCUUAGCAUACAAUGGCAUCACAGGCCGAUUAACAGUAGAAAUUGUGAAAGGCAGCCAUUUUCGUAGUUUAUCAAUGAAUAAAGCACCUGACACAUAUGUUAAGUUGUGUUUAGUGAGCAGUAUAGGUCAAGAAAUAUCAAGAGCAAAGACAUCUACAAGACGUGGCCAACCAAAUCCAUUGUUUAAGGAAACAUUUGUAUUUCAGGUUGCAUUAUUCCAACUUAACGAUGUUACUCUAAUGGUAUCUGUGUAUGCAAAGCGCAACAUGAAACGCAACGAAAUGGUCGGUUGGUUUAGCUUAGGUCUAAACUCAUCUGGACCAGAGGAAGUGGCCCAUUGGUGUGAUGUCAGAGAAAUGGCCAAAGGAGAACUUCUCGCUCGAUGGCAUGUCCUAGUGGAUUCCUGAUUCGAAUAGCUAGGGCUCCCAUCCCGGCGUGGGAGCGGCAUUAGCCUUUUGGGAUUUGCAUCUAAAGACAAAACAAAAUCGAAAAAAUCACCACAAGAUGGAGCUGAUUCCGUCGCAGUUGAUAUUGAGCAGGGAUAUGAGCUCAAUUUUGUUUAGGCUUCAAAUUCAAAGUAUUUAAAUUGAAUGCGAGCUAGAGGUACGGCAAAAAACUAAUUUCAAUUUUUCAAAAGUCAAAAGAAAUCAAAAUCAAAGUUUUGAACUUCUUUUGCAGCUUUUUUUCUAUUCUUAAUUUUUCUCUUCCGAAUUCAUCAUAUUCUAUCCUAAAACUUAACUACAUAAAUACGAUAUAAUAAUUUUUAAUUUUUAUCUUUAAACAUUAAAAUAGGUAAACACACUCGUCAAAAACAAAAAACAAAAACUGAAAGCACGCACAGAUUAAUUUUUCAGUUUCGUCUAUUUCUUUUUUGUUCAACAAGAGCAUGUGAAUCAUAAGAAUAGGAAAUGAAAAAUAUCAAUAUUUUAUACUUAAACAAACAAAAAUUAGUACCAAUGAAUGAAAACAAAAAAACACAAAACAUAAAUAUUUAUAUGUAUACAACACUAAAAUCUAGAUAAAGAAAUUAUUAUAAAAAUAUAUAUAUUAUAUUAACAUACGUAUUUGUGAUAAAUUAAAUUUAACCUAAAACUCAAAAAUAGUAAACUAAUUUAUAAAGAAUGAAACGCAUUAAUGACAAAAAAGCCAAUUUUCGAAAAAAUUCAAAGAAAACAAAACAAAAAUAUGUCCAACUUUGGACUCUACACACAAAACACAAAACUAAAAAACUAAAACACACACUUUUUAGGAUAUUUAACAAUUUUUGAAAUUUUCUAAUUGUAUCUCAAAACUGAAGUGAGAAAAGAGUAUUUGUAUUGGAUCCAGAGUUUUCUUUUUCUGGAUUAAGUGCGUGUUAUUGUGACAUUUUUAAUUGUAGAAAUUAUUAAACGUACAAAGAAAUAUUUUUUGAAAAUAAACAGUAACUUUUUAAAUGGUUCUAAGAAAAGUC